AUGUCUAGCACCGACGCGAACGCGUCCCAGCAAGACUCUUCUGGGCCAGUAAAGACUGAAGAGAACGAAGGACCAGCCUCUCAAGUUGUCUCAGAAAGUGCGCUAACAUCCGCUGUGCCACCGUCACAGUGGGAUCUUCUACGUGCGCAACUUCGUGAGAAACCUCACAAUCCGGAGGGAUGGAACCGGCUUGUCGCGCUUGCGGAAGAAUCAGGGGACAUCGAGAAAGUGAAGGAUUCAUACGAGGCGCUGUUGGAGAUGUAUCCGAAUACUUCUGCAGCCCAAGUCGCCUACCUUACUGUCUUCCUUAACCUCAAUUCAUUUGUGCACGCGGAGAGCCUUUUUAAAAGGUUCCUCCGAACCUCACCAUCCGUGGAUCUUUUCAAGUUCUACCUCACCUAUGUAAGGCGAACCAAUCCAGGGACGAACGCUCAGACGCGAGACAUUGUACGCAAGGCCUAUGAGUUUGCUCUCAACUACGUUGGUCAGGACAAGGACAGCGGCGAAAUAUGGACGGACUAUAUCGAAUUCCUCAGGUCGGGUGAGACAAAUUCGACCUGGGAAGAACAGCAGAAGAUGGAUGCUCUCCGGAAGGUCUACCAUCGCGCCGUGCAAAUUCCACUCGAGAACGUCGAAAGUCUAUGGUCGCAACUCGAAGCGUUCGAGAACAGCCUGAACAAGAUCACCGCUAAGAAAUUCAUGAAUGACCUCUCACCCUCUUACAUGCAAGCCCGCACCGUCCUCCGCAACCUCCAACGUCAAGUUGGCAUGCUCUUCCCCCCGCCGCCCGCCUCUGCCUCCGGCCGUCCUUCCAUUUACCUCCCUCCCCUCCCGAGCUUCAAUCCGGCGGAACGAGCUCUGGUGGGCGCGUGGAAGACCUAUCUGCGCUGGGAGGAGAGUAAUCCGUUGGAGAUUGAGGAUAAGGAUAAGAUGGUGUUGAUUAGUCGGGUACAGAGCGUAUAUCGCAAAGCCAUGAUACGGAUGCGAUUCUUCAGCGAGAUUUGGUACAUGGCGUAUAUCUGGACCCAUAGUGUUGGUAAGACCGAAGAGGCUCUCAACCUAUUGCGCAACGGCAUCGAGGCUAUCCCCAGCAGCUUCCUCCUUAACUUUGCCUAUGCCGAGAUCCUCGAGAUCAACGGUAAUUAUCCUGAAGUCCACCGCACAUUUGACAAGUUCCUCGACGUCCUCCGCCCAGACCUGGAAUCUCUUGAAGCUCAAGCCAAAGAAGAGAAAGAGGCUGCCGCCAAUGGCACCGCUUCCGGAACGGGCGACAAGAAGCGGAACAAACCACCUCCACCACUACCAAAGGCGAAAGAGCUGGAAGAGCGAAGGAAAGAGUUCGGUCUGGUUUAUACGAUGUUUAUGAGGUUUGCGAGGAGAGCUGAGGGAUUGAAGAGCUCGAGGGCGGUGUUUGCGAAGGCGAGGAAGGAGAAGCUGAUCCCAUGGGAGGUUUAUGAGUCUUCCGCUUUGAUGGAAUACCAUUGCAACAAAGAGUCGGGAGUUGCUGCCCGUAUCUUUGAGAAAGGUCUUGAGACGUUCGGCGAUCAGCCGGAGUUCGUCUCACAUUAUUUGAUGUUCCUUCUCUCCAUAAACGAUGACAACAAUGCUCGGGCCUUGUUCGAACGUGUUAUCGGUACCUUCCCGCCUGAUCAAGCCAGGCCGUUAUGGGAGCGUUGGGCCCGUCAUGAGUAUCAGUACGGUGACCUCACAGCCGCACAAAAGCUCGAGAAGCGAAUGGCUGAAGUGUAUCCUACUGGUUUG